ACAUUUCCGAUAAUUCCGGCCAUGUCCCUGGACCCGGAGCCUUCUCCGUCCUCCGGCCGGGAUUGGGUUUUCCCUUCCCCUUCCUACAUCCAUUCCUCUUCUUACCGGGCGAAUAUCACAAAAUACCGCCGAAGGUUCUCCGCGAUUCCUAGACAUUCGCAGCAUUCCUCUAAAGAUCGGCAACCUCCCAGAACGACCACGUUUCGAAAUGUUUCGCCCUCCGAUUCCACCCUGUACACAGCCUCCACGUAUAUCAGGCGUCGCCGCAGAGUCGAGUUUGAUGCUGGGAAUGAGAUUUCGCCGAAAGCGGAAGAGAGAAUUGCCUUUUCUGCAGAGAAACUUGCCGUUGUGGGUGAGAAAACGGCGGUGUUCAAUCAGGGUGUCGGGUUUUCACGUCAAUGGCUGAAGGCUUGGUGGCAGAUGGCUUUUUUUGUAGCGAUAAUGAUCAUGGCCAUUGCUUCUUUGGUGCACAAGAAUUUCUCUUUACAUAAUCAAGUCAUUGACUUGCAGGAUCAGAUUUCAAAGCUGAAUAUCAGACUGAAAGCUUGCAAUUUGUGGGAAACUGUGGAUACUAAUUCCAUAGCAGAAGAGAGCGAUCAUCUUCCUAGCAAAGGCCUAAAACAUAUAGCUCUGGUUGUCUCUGUCCUACUAUUAUCCAUCCCUUUUGUUAUUUUUAAGUAUGUCAACUAUGUCUCUAAGUCUAGAUCACUAGAUAAUAAUUCAGAAGUGGUCUCUCUAAAUAAGCAGCUUGCAUAUCGAGUGGAUGCUUUUUUAUCAGUUCAUCCAUAUGCUAAACCUUUAACGUUGCUGGUUGCAACUCUGCUGCUUAUUUGUCUUGGGGGUUUGGCUCUAUUUGGUGUCAAUGAUGAUGGCUUAGUAGAUUGCCUUUGGUUAUCCUGGACAUAUGUUGCUGAUUCAGGCAAUCAUGCCAACUCUGAAGGUUUAGGUCCCAGGUUGGUUUCACUUUCUAUAAGCUUUGGUGGGAUGCUAACAUUUGCAAUGAUGCUGGGGCUUGUUUCUGAUGCGAUUUCUGAGAAGUUUGAUUCAUUGAGGAAAGGAAGAAGUGAGGUGGUUGAGCAAAACCACACUCUAAUUCUUGGGUGGAGUGAUAAAUUGGGAUCACUACUUAAUCAGCUUGCAAUAGCUAAUGAGAGUCUAGGUGGUGGAAUUGUUGUGGUGAUGGCCGAACGGGACAAGGAGGAGAUGGAGCUUGACAUUGCUAAGAUGGAGUUUGAUUUCAGAGGGACAUCUGUGAUAUGCAGAAGUGGGAGCCCUCUGAUCGUGGCUGACCUAAAAAAGGUCUCUGUCUCCAAAGCCCGGGCAAUUGUUGUCCUUGCUGAAGAUGGAAAUGCAGACCAGAGUGAUGCUCGUGCUUUGAGAACGGUCCUAAGUCUAACAGGAGUAAAAGAAGGGCUAAGAGGCCACAUUGUGGUGGAACUAAGUGAUCUGGACAACGAGGUACUUGUCAAACUUGUUGGAGUUGAUCUUGUUGAAACCGUUGUUGCUCAUGAUGUUAUUGGGCGUUUAAUGAUCCAAUGCGCACGACAGCCAGGACUAGCACAGAUCUGGGAAGAUAUCCUUGGAUUUGAAAAUUGUGAAUUCUACAUCAAAAGAUGGCCACAAUUGGAUAACAUGUUAUUUGAGGAUGUGUUAAUUAGUUUCCCUGACGCUGUACCUUGUGGAAUCAAGGUUGCAUCAUCCCGUGGUGGUAAAAUUAUCCUAAAUCCUCAUGACUCUUAUGUUCUACAAGAAGGGGAUGAGGUUCUCGUUAUAGCAGAAGAUGAUGAUUCCUAUGCUCCAGCAGCAUUGCCUCUGGUCAAAGAAGCAUCUUUCAUACGCAGUGUUCGACUAGCAAGAAAGCCCCAGAAGAUACUACUUUGUGGAUGGAGGAGAGACAUUGAUGAUAUGAUUGUGGUAAGUUCUUUCUAUUGAAGCCCCUAAUUCCUUUUUCUCUUCUCCUAAUUGAUGCAGGUAUGGAGGGGAAAUUUACCCAAGGACUUCAUUGUUCCAAAGUCUACAGAAAGGAUACUUCUUUGUGGUUGGCGACGUGAUAUAGAAGAUAUGAUUAUGGUAGUAUUACAAGAAAUUAUGAUGAGGCUCCCAAGUACUUAUUGGGAGCUGUUUCCAGUGUUAAAAAAGUAGCCAUAGAUGUCACAGAAAUUAUUUUCGCCAUCAUUCUUAGAUCUGCUCUUCGUAGCAACCUGCAACAAGUCUUCCCACUUUCCAAAAGUUUCUCCUACUAAAUUUGUUUAUUCACAUUGAAAACAAUAUUGGCAGUGAUUUCUCUUUUUUGUUUGUUUAGGUUUUGGAUGCCUUUCUAGCACCUGGUUCAGAGCUCUGGAUGUUCAAUGAAGUUCUUGAAAAUGAAAGGGAAAAGAAGCUUCUUGACGGUGGUCUGGACUUCAACAGAUUGGCGAAUAUAACACUAGUUCAUCGUGAAGGAAAUGCAGUUAUACGGCGUCACUUAGAAAGCCUUCCUUUGGAAUGUUUUGAUUCAGUAAGUAGCUUUACACAUGGGCUAUCAUGAUAGCAAUAUACAGCAGGUAUUAUCAGGUCAUGGUCAUUACAGAUCCAUUUAAAAUGAUUGGGUGCAAAUGAAAUUUCAGUCUUCCCAAAUUUUGGUCUUUGGAUGAAUGAUUAGCAAGUGAUUCUAGACUUCAGCAAUUUUAAUAGAGUGGCUGCCUCCAGGAUUUGAACCUAUGCACUUCCAUGUAACAUACACUGAUCACUAGAAAUCCUCACAAAAUUAUACUCCUGGGCAUGUAUUAAAGGUAAAUAUUUGUGAGAGCCGAUAAGAAGGUCCCUGUAGAAAAAUUACUCACCAAAUUUUACCGUCUGAGGGAUAAGUUUUAGAACAACAUUACUUGCUUUACCGUCUUAAUUUAUGUGUUAGUCAUGGAUUGAUAUGUCUUUGUUCAAUAA